UUGUGUCUGCCCUUGGAAAAUUCCAGAUCUUGUUUCAUAUUGUUUACUAAUUUAUGUACCACAGUGGCUUUCAAGUUAUUUUUACAUGAGUAGUAGUUGUCCCAAUUUCUUUCUUUUUAUUCUCAUUUGAGUCAUUAAAUGGAGCACCACGUAGCCCCAAAUCCACCCCCAUAACCGCUAAGAUCAUUUGACUGGCGCUCAACAUUAUGGGUGACGUCACACUCCCUUGGUCCACUUCUUUAUGCGGUCUGUGGUUGGAGUGUACAACAGGCUAUAGCUGAGCGUGCAGGUAGCAUGAGCUUCAUGUGGUAAUAACCUGGUAUAACAUCGGGAACGUGCUUUUGUGCUGCUACACUUGAAAACACUUGAGCUAAAGUGGCAGUGACGAGAUUGUUCACAUCCUUUGAAAACUGCAGAAGCAUGCAUCCAAAUGGACCACAAGUGUCUGGUCGUGUUGCUGCAGUAUAUGGACUCCAUCUAUGCAAUGUACAAUGUCCCCGAAAACAAAUGGUCCUUCAUAUUCAAAUAUAGAAUAAAUGUUGCUCUAGCUCUGAGAUGAGAUGAGGGAACAAAGAAACAAGAAAACAAAAAGGAGCCAAGGCAAGUAUACAAAAACAUUUAUCAAUAUUCUGUGUAAUGGAUUCACAAUAUUCAUAUAUCACCACUCACAAAAUCAAGCAUCUCUAACCUAUAUUACAUUGUUGCUUUGUGUGUGUAUGGAUGUAUCUCUCUGAUUGACUACUUUACCUGCCAGUCACAUCCAUCGUAACUCAAAGAGAUGAGAACAGGGCCUAGACAACACUUCUUUGCAUAUGGAAAAAAUAUGUAGUCUUAGCCGGCUGCACAAAUCAGUGUAGAAUGCAUAAAAUUAACAUACAUGAACCAUAUUUAUAUCUGGCUACACUACACUCAAAGAUGUUCACAGUCCAACAUCAAAAUGUUAGAACUCCAUUUUGGACACAUUGCUAACCAAUUUGGAAAACCUUUAAUGAAAAAUGAAGAAAUCAACCAGCUGCUAACGAUUUGUCAAAAAUAUUACAUUUUUACAACUACCCUGACUAAUUCCUAAUACAACAUUCAUGAGAGACUGCCUUGUGCCAAAGGAAACUUCAUUCUGCCAAUAAACAAAAUUCACAGGAGCAAAACUAUCAUUCUAAUCCAACCAAUGUUAUAUAUUCAAUACAGGAUUAGUGUUUGGAGGGAAAUGUCCCUGUAGUUUUUCGGCAUGCAUCUUGUUGAGUGAUGAUUUGCCUGGGGAAAUCAGCUGAGGAUGUAGCAGAGCUGAGUCUUGUUCACUCCCAUCUGGCUUCAUUCUUCUGAUCGUGAAAGGGACACAGGUGAAUGUCAGACCAAGAACAAUCAGAUUUGUGGGAGAUGAUUAAUGGUACUUUCGGUGAUAACACAUGCUGCUCUCCGAGGUUAUAUUAAAUUAAUAACACAGGAUAAUAAAACGUGAAGUGGUGUCAUAUUAUCUAAUCAUCUAACUUUUCUAGUAGAGAGCCUGCAGCCUGCUUGUUUCAUUUAAUGUCCCCCUGUAUGACAAGAUCUUAUCCUGUAUUUAUUCAUUUAUAAGGGUUUUAUUGCUCAAAUAUACCUUGAAAAACAUGUGUUAUUUCUGACCUGUAACUUGGCCUGGUGACGUCACCUGCUUGUCUCCAUGGAAAUACAGUUUGAUGCUAUACUGUGGAACAUUCUAGACAAAAAAAAAAUCCAAAAAACAGUGAGGCAGGCAGGUAGUAUUUCCUUCACCAAAAACAUCCUUUUCUUUUGGGAGGGCGAACUAGCAGAAUAGUUAGUACACCUGUUUUUCAAGGUUGACAUUGAUCCUGUAUUGACUUUUCUGAAAAUCUAGGAUUUGCAUGUGUUAGCUUCAGAGAACUAAAUGUAAUUAUAUUGUAUGAUCCCUCGACGCUAUAAGAUCCACUUCAUCAUCUGCAUCCCUCAGUGGACAUAAAUAGAUGGAAUAAUUAACUUAACUGCUGCUUAAUACCCAUUUCGUUGUAUAAUCAAUGAAAAUAAAUAACACUUUCCUUACAGGAUUAUGUACUUAUGCUAUUCCAGCUGGGCCAUAUCCAAGAAAAUGAUGCAUAAAAACAUCUCUGAUUUGUAGGCAUGAACUGUCAGGUACUCCAGAUCUAAUGAUCGCAAACAUUGAAGCACACUGCAAGACAAGGUUGACAUUUAGUCAUUUGUCAAAAAAAUAACCAUAUUUAAAGGUGCAUUGUGUAACUUUUCUGGCUAAGAGUCCAUCACUUGCUUGUUUUUAUGGAUGCCAUUGCUCUGCCUGGACAUUAACAUUAAACGGCUCUACCUCUUUUUUUUUUUUUUUUUUUUCAAUUAUGGGUGGUUGUAUAACUCAAAAAUACCUAGGAAUACAGGCAUUCUGACUGUGAGCGGGUUUGCCUCUGCAUAGAUCUCACCUGUAAUCUGAUGUGGCUUACUCCCCAUGAAGAUAGAAAAGUAAUACCAUAAUACCAUAUGGUGAAACAUACAAGACCAUACCAGACAAAGCAAUAACAUCUCUGUGGAGAAAAGCAUUCCACGGACCCUCCACUGGAGAAGUUAUACAAUGCAACUUUAAUGCACCAGUUAUUGAAAAAUGCUGUAGAAAUAUGCAAUUUAAUAUAAUAAAAAAAAAUCGGUUAAUAUUAAAACUUAUAUAUAAUAUUCCUGACAUUGAACAAGGCUCACAGUGUCUUUCAGUAGCCACUAAAAACUCCCUCACAAAGUGAUGUUUAAUGAAAGUGGUGUCUCCAUUCAUAGCAUUCUUCUGAAAUAUGCUGUUACUGUACGUCUCUGAAAUAGACCUUGGCUUUGGUCCAAAAAAAUUUGAUGUUUUAUUUGGCUUUUGACACACAUUGAUUUCCUCUUGUGUUUGCCAAAAGCUUUAGUUGGUGCAGACUGCAGUGUCCUGUGGGGUUUGGGUCUGAAACAGCAGGAGUUGCCAAGAAAGAAUCAGUUGAGCUCUGUGCUUCAAGCUAAUACGUAUUUCAUCAAAUACAAACAGAGGCGUCUCUCCACAAAUACAGGAAAAAGCUAUAGUCUGCAAUCUAACACAAGAUAACUGCUAAAUUAAAGAUGCUCUGCCUUUUUUAUGUAGACAGUCCACCACCUGCUUGGGGAAUUGCUGCUCUUAGUGUUUUUAUGGGAUUAAAGUUAUAGUCUCCAUAUAGACAAGCAGGCCAAGUAACAGGUCAGAUCUGUGAAGCGGUGAACACAGUAACAGAAGGAUUUUUUUAUUUUUUAUUUUUUUUGCAUAAUAUAUUCCAUUAUUACCUCAAAAACUAAAUACAUUUUCCAGUUUCAAAGGCAGUAAAAAGUUUAAACUAAACUAGUUAAGUACAACAGAUUCACUGGAGCUACUGCCAACACAAAUUAGAAAUGGAUUUGAAAUGAGUUUACAAGGGGUUUACCUCUAAUUUUCAGUCUUUUGGUGUAUUUGUCUGAAACUUGUGAGAUCUGGUUCAUGACUUUCAUGAUGAUUUUUUUGGUGGAGGGUCCGCAUCCUGUUUGUCUCCAUGGAGAUGUUAUUGAUAUGCCCAGAAUGUUCCACACAGCACUAAACAUGUCUCUGGCAUUUAUUCAGUUACAUGUUUUGUUUUGUUUUUUGUUUUUUAACAGCUAAAAACCAUUCAUUCUUAUUGUGAGAUGUUAUAUACAGUAUAGCCUCUCCACACAUUUGCUCUACAACUUGACUUGGUGGUGUUGCCUAUUUGUCUCCAUGGAAAUUGGGACAUUCCAAGCUAAGAAAGUAUUUUGAAAUGGUACAGUAAAUGGUCACAUUCACCCAUUCAUACACACUGAUACAUCAGUGUACACCGACUCCAGGGGCAAAGUAGGCUGUCUAAGUGUCUUGUCUAAGGACACAAUGACAACAUUCAUCUGUGGGAGCUGAAGUCGCAUCUCCAACUGGGGGGUUAGUGGAAUUGACCACUCUACCAAUGAUGUUUAUGUCGAAAGCUGGAUUUGAACCACCAAUCUUCGGAUCAGUGGACAAACAUUCUACCCUCUACUACUACAACUGUUGUGAAAAGCAAAAGGCAGUCCUUCACCAGAAAAGUUACACAGACUUCCUCUAAUGAACAAUGUAAACACAAAAAUUGCCACAAAUCACCAUGUUGUGAAUUAUAAUUGAGUUACACAUGAAGGGCACUGGUAUUUUGAUUAUGUGUAUAAGCAAUAUGCCAGGCAAAUGAAUGCAGUCAAUUAUAGAUCCAACUCCUGUUAGCAGAGGCAAUCUCUGACAAAAGCAAACAAUAUAUGGCACACAACCCUCCCAUUAUAUUUCUAAUGAAGACACUCAGUCAUGGCUGCCAAUAUUGUGGAUGCACCCAGCAUUGUAACGAAAAGAGCAUGAGACCUUGUCCGUGUAAGUGCUUUGUGAUUUAAAGCUAUACUUAAGAAAAAAUGAAGAAAAUAAUGACUACAAAAGGAUGUCCUCCAAAUAACUCUCAUUAUUCCAUUAGUGUUCAAAUAAAUGACAUACCUUGAUACUUACUGUGAGCAGAGCAGUCUCCCCACAGACAGGACUUGGAACUUGGCCUGGUUGUGCCACCUGCUUGUCUCCAUGGAGGUGGUUGAGUUUAAUGCUAUACUGUGAAACAUUCUAGAUAAAGGCAGUAAUAUCUCCAUAGUCCAUCUGUAACUUGGCACAGAAAAUGAUAUGUAUGUAUAUUUUUGAUAUGACAAAUUAUGUAGCCUAAACAAAUCAUGAAUAUCUGUUUUUUCUAACCUUCAGUUCUACAGUAUGUUGUUCAUAAUCAAUUAUCUAUGCGUUAGUUAUGAAUGUAGCUCUGCACUCCCUUCACUGUGUGGCUGUGAGGUCUGUCUCAUAUCAGGUGCUUGGCUGGAGGCAACAUCAGAUACUGUCGACAAGAGCAGAUGAAAGAAGCUGUAGCCACAGGAGCAACGCUCCUGUGAUUUCCAGAGUCUCACACGUGACUAUAUAUUACAUAAAUGAUAUGAAAACUCCAUGUUCUCACAGUGGGAGCUGCAAAAUGUCCGACUUCGAGGAUUUCAUCAAGCCUGAAGGCCAAACCAACGUGUCCGACAGUUACCAGCUCAACCCCACCAGUGUUAUAGUGUCAGUUGUCUUCUCUCUCAUCUUCCUUCUGGGCACCAUUGGGAACAGCCUGGUUUUGGCUGUGCUGCUGCGGAGUGGCCAAGUGGGAUACAACACCACAAAUCUCUUCAUCCUGAACUUGAGCGUCGCAGAUUUCUUCUUCAUUAUUUUCUGUGUGCCAUUCCAAGCCACCAUCUACUCCCUGGAGGGCUGGGUGUUUGGGUCCUUCAUGUGCAAAGUGGUCCAUUUUUUCAUCAAUCUCACCAUGUACGCCAGCAGCUUUACACUGGCAGCGGUCUCUGUUGACAGAUACCUGGCCAUCCGUUACCCUCUGCGAUCUCGUGAACUUCGGACCCCGCGUAAUGCUGUUGUUGCUAUGGUGAUCAUCUGGGGUCUGUCUCUGGUGUUUGCUGGUCCCUAUCUGAGCUACUAUGACCUCAUCGAUUACGACAACAGUACGGUGUGCAUCCCUGGCUGGGAGGAGCAAAAUCGAAAAGUUCUUGAUACCUGCACUUUUGUAUUUGGCUAUGUAAUCCCUGUUCUUAUCGUGAGCAUGUCCUACACCAGAACCAUUAAGUACCUCUGGACCGCCGUGGACCCCCUAGACGGGAUGUCCGAGUCCAAAAGAGCAAAACGAAAAGUGACUAAAAUGAUUAUUAUCGUGACUGUUCUUUUCUGUAUUUGUUGGUUACCAUAUCACGUUGUCAUCUUGUGCUAUCUGUAUGGAGAUUUCCCCUUCAACCAGAUCACGUAUGCAUUCAGGCUCCUGUCUCAUUGCAUGGCUUAUGCUAACUCCUGUGUCAACCCCAUAGUGUACGCUCUGGUCUCCAAGCAUUUUCGCAAAGGAUUCAAGAAAGUGUUCAGCUGCAUUUUGAGUAAAAAUGGAAGAAACAAGGUCCAUGUCGUUCACGUGGCCAACACAGUGCCGGGGUUUGAGGCCGGGUCCACAGAGGUGUCGCAUAUGCAUGAGGAGAGGCAGAAUGAGUGUGAGAUGACAAACAGACCUCGACCAGAGCCCAGGGAGCCAACAGUGACUCUGAACCUGCCCUUUCAGAGAUCCACCUGAACAUGAAGGAGACAGGCUCUGAAUGUGGCCCUAUUGGAGGACUUCAUGAACUGUUUAAAGUGUGUGCUGUUUACCUUGUGCUGUGUAUUCAUUGUUGUGACAAAUGACUCAUAUUGACAAGCUUAUUAAUUACACAGUAGAUUAAGUUUUAAGGAAGUAGUGCCAGAAAUCUACUGCCAGAAAAUAUUGUGUUUUCCACUCUAACCAAAGUAUCAACAUGAUUGGUUGUUCAAUCACUUCAUGUUUUUGUCCACAACCUGCCUUUACGGCUGUUUACAUUUUGUUAUUUAUUCAUGACUGUAUUAGACUGUAUAGAGAAGAGGACUAAGACAAAGUGUGGCAUCACCGAUAGCGCCAGCUCCAUUCAAAUGAAGCUCAAGAGACAAGCAGUAACGGGGCGAAUUUGGAGUAGAGCUCCAUAUUAGGAAUAGGAAUCGAUUUACAGCCAAUAUCACAAAAUAAAAACACCAGGAUCAUGUAGAUCAUGAACAUUUUAAAACCAAAAUGGCUCACUGCAGCAGUUACAGAGACAGGGGUGACCAUUUUUUUAGGUAUAGUCAAUUCGACCAAGAGUCGAUGGAGCAGGAAGUGCCCCACGC